GCGGGCGCUGAUUGGCGGCUGGGCGCGCAGGAGCCGCGCGCGCUGUCAGCAUGGCGGCGCCCGCCCGGCGGAGCGUCGUGUUCGUGACAGGCAACGCCAAGAAGCUGGAGGAGGUCACGCAGAUCCUCGGGGACUCCUCUCCCUACACGCUGGUGGCAAAGAAAAUUGACCUGCCGGAGUACCAGGGGGAGCCAGACGAGAUCUCCGUGCAGAAGUGCCGUGAAGCCGCCCGGCAGGUUCAGGGACCUGUUAUAGUAGAGGACACCUGCUUGUGCUUCAAUGCUCUGGGGGGCCUUCCAGGACCCUACAUAAAAUGGUUCCUGGAGAAACUCAAGCCAGAAGGCCUGUACAAGCUGCUGGCUGGCUUUGAAGACAAGUCUGCGUACGCACUCUGCACCUUCGCCUUCAGCAGCGGCAACCCGGAGGAGCCAGUGAGGCUGUUCAAAGGCCAGACCCACGGGCUGAUAGUGGAGCCCAGAGGCCCUCGGGAUUUUGGCUGGGAUCCCUGCUUCCAGCCAGAUGGCUACAACCAGACCUAUGCCGAACUGCCCAAGGCAGUGAAGAACUCCAUCUCACACCGGUACAAGGCACUGAGCGAGCUCUCCACCUUCUUUCUUCAGAACGACUCGACAGAGCCCCGUUCCGGCCCCAGCUAGCGCUCGGGCUAUGGGCACCUCGUGUUCACACAGUCGCAGAAUUAUCAGGGUUGGAAARGACCUCKGGAGAUCACUUAAUCCAACCCCCYGGCCAAGGCCCGUGUUAUCCAUGUCACACACAGCCCCGGCAGAGCUUUGCUCCGCUGCGGGAGGUCAUUAAAGCUGCUCCCUUGGAACCCACCGCUACCUCUUUCUCCGCUCUUUUUGUU